AUUCUAUCAUAAUUCUAUUUCGUAAACAGAUUUUUAUUACUUUCUUGAUCAAUCUUUCAACUAUUGGCAUCAUUAUUCGUUGUGGACUUCAAAAUGGACCUAAAUUUUGUGCAAGCUGAUAACAGCAAUCUACGUAAGGUUGACGCAUUAAUGGUAGCAUUUUUCUUCAAAAAUAAUGCGGACUACUAUGCUGCGGAACUCAAACAUGUGAAAACAACAAUGUCUGGAAGGGAGUCCUACGGAGACGAUGCAAUUGGCUAUGUGCAGCUGCACCGGGAGCAUGGACUUUGCACACUCAAGUGCAAAAUGUGCCCAGAGCACAAAGUGAGAUCAAAAGCUUAUAAUGUGACAAUGGUUAUCAACGAAAAUGAAAGCGAGAUAAUAAGUUGUCAGUGCCAUGACUGUGCUGCUUCAGCAGGAGGCUGCAAGCAUGCAGUCGCGUUUUUGAUGUGGGUACAUCGGCGCAGUGAGGAACCUCCAUCUACUUCGGUGGAAUGUUAUUGGAAAAAGCCAACAUUGUCAAGAGUAGGGACUACUCUGAAGUACAUCACGGUGCAGCAGAUGUCGAAAAAGGAAGUACCGGACAGACCAAGUACAUCAGCACUUUACACAGACUUUAUUUUGGAAGCCAAAAAAAGAAAACUUCAACACUGUGAAUUGAUAAAAUAUCAGGACAUAAUGAAGACAACAUUCAACAGAGCUGCUAUCAGUGCAAUUGAAGAAGCAACAAGAAUGCAAUACAAGAGCAGCUUGUGGUAUGAGAUGAGGUAUGGCCGUAUCACAGCUUCAAAGGCACAUGAAGUGAGCGUAUGUCAUACACCUGAUGGUUCAUUGGUUGCUACUAUAAUGGGCGCAAAAAUACCAGAUACUAUUGCAAUGAAAAGAGGUAGAAGUUUGGAGCUAUCUGUCCGGAAGACAGUUAGUACAACAUUGAACAAAAAAAUCAGAACAUGUGGACUUUAUGUAUGCCAAGACAAUCCCAUGCUUGCAGCAUCUCCUGAUGGUUUAUUGAAAGAUGCCAUUGUUGAAAUAAAAUGCCCUACCAAAGCAAAAGCUAAGAACAAUUAUUUAAAAAAUGGAAUUAUUUCAGAGAAAUAGAUUGAACGCAUAGUAAUUUUGAGGCACUCUAAUUUUUCAAUAUUCUCAUUGGCAUCUGUAACAUUACUAUCAGAGUCGGUAAGCCCUGAUGAUGAUGAUGCUGAUUUAGUUACAAAAGGUGAUAAAUGA